AUGUAUUUCUCCAACGUUGUCGUCACUGUCCUCGCCGCUCAGGCCUUCUCGCAAGACAGCCGAGUUUCUCGCUCUAGCUUUGGACAAGUUGCUGCUUUGAUGGCUGCUGCAGCUCUUCCCGCAGACGCUCUCGCUCUCCCCAUCUUCAGCGCUGAGAAACGCGAGCCUCAUCACCAAGGCGGACAGAACAACAACAACCAGGCCCAGGGCCAAAAUAACAACCAGGCUCAGGGCAACCAGAACAACAACCAGGCUCAGGGUCAAAAUGCCAACAACAAUGCCAAUGCUGGCGCUAAUGCCAACGCCAAUGGAUGCAACGCCAACAACAAGCGAGAUGAGGAGCUUGUAGCUCGUCACCAUCAGGGCAACCAGGGAGGCAACGCCCAGAGUAAUGCUAACGGCAACGCCAAUGGAAAUGCCAAUGGCAACGGAGCUGCUGCUGCUGCCAACGGCUGCAACAACAACAACGCCGCUGCCAACAACAACAACAACGCCGCUGCCAACAACAACAACAAUGCCGCUGCCAACAACGGUAACGCCAAUGGCAACAACAACAACAAGCGUGACGAGGAACUCGUAGCCCGUCACCACCAGGGAGCAAAGGGCAAGGGCAGGAACGGCAAGAACAACAAGCGUGAGGAGCUCGUCGCUCGCCACCAUCAGGGAGCUCAAGGUGGCAACAAGGCCAACGCCGCCGGUGCCAACCGCAAUGGCAACAACCGCAACCAAGCCGCUGCCGCAGCAACUGGCAACAACGCCCAGGCCAACAACUGCAAGCGAGAUCUCGAGACUCGUCACCACCAAGGCGGCCAGAACAAGCAAAACGCUCAGGCCGCUGGUUGCAACUAA